GCGCGCGCCCGCAGUGCGUGGGGACAAUGGCAGGGAUGGCGCUUCGGGCUAGCGCGCUGUUGCCAUGGUAAACAAACACUCGCCUCGCAUGACGCUGCGGCAACAACGAACGACGCAGACCCCAAAAACCACUGCGCGCAUCGCCAAAGCCACACACGCAUUACUUCCGCAGCAUCACCAUAACCUAAGAAUCAGCGUAUGGCGCGCUUAAAUGAGCCACCCGUUGCGCCUGCGCCGCCGUCAACCGAAGCAUACGACGCGAUCAAGCGGAAGUUUUUGAGGACAAAUCGCGAGUUGGCAAAAAUCAACUCGCAACAGCAGCUUCACAUUCGCCAGCUUGAAAACGACCGCUCACGCCUUGUCGCCGAAAACUGCUCGCUCGCGCAGCAGGUACUGCACCUACAGAACACGCUCGAGGCACAAGCCCACGCGCCUUCGUUCUCUACCAUCGACACGGUCAAGAACCAGCUGGAAGCAAAGAUCCAAGAGCUUGGUGGACUGGUAGCCGAGUUGGGGCAACUGAAUCGGAGAGGAGGCAGCGCACCAUGUCACGUCAAGACCGCGACCAAGAAGACGUCGGAGGAAAAGCAGUGGAGGAGCGCACUCGGUUUGCAGGAGGUCGAGAAUGCCAUGCUGCCUACCAUUGCAGAGUACAAGGCUUACCCGCGCAUGACUAUGAAUGCGGAAGAACUCCAGGACAUACUAGACGCUCCCGAGAGCCAAUCUCCUGAUAUCGGCCCGCCACCAGUAUCGCAUUUUGACAUCCAAGAGCCAAUCGUAUUCAAGAAUAGCGCCGCUAUCGAUGGCCAGCCUGACGUGGCAGUGGACGGUGACGAAGUGGUACUGCCGAUGAAUAUCGAACCCCGACGCAAAAGACGAGAGAGUGGACCAAGGAUUCGGCGAAUGUCGUUGUUUGAGUCGCCUGAGGAAGACCUCGAAGACAAGCCGGAGGAACACCCAGAGGACAAACUCGAAGCCGCGCCCGAAAAAAUCAUUAGAACUGGGGCGAAGCGCAAGUUUAGCGUACAAGAAGAUGACAACAAGAGCCAGCCUCAAGCCGAGUCUUUCCAGUUCAGUCGGCGCGUGACGCCAGCUGCCUCUGAUGACGAGACUACUGACCAAGACCGACCUCUUUCUUUGUCGCGACCGGCCCUUUCGAGCAAACCUGUCAACACCGAUCCCAUGGUUUCCCCCAAGAAACAACGAUCUUCGGCCCCCGAGAAGCCUGAUAAGGUUGAUAAGCCCGAAAAGAAGAAAGCGAGCCGUCCCCGUACAGUUGUUGCUCGCAGCGUCCUUCCAAAUGUUCUCCCACAAGAAAUCGCUGAACCAGUCGCUACCACCGAAAUCCAUCUUGAGUCUUUGCCCCCGAAAACACCCGCUGCGGAACUAACCUUCUCUCCGCCAUCCACCGAGCCUUCCACGUCGCGAACCGAGUCUAAGGACACGCCUCCUCCAGGCGACCUCGGCUCAAUGAGCCAAACGGGUAUCAUUGGCCGCCCGUCACGUCGUGCGCGCCCGCAAGUAAGCUACAAGGAACCAAGCUUGGCUACCAAAAUGCGUCGUCCUAGUAAAGAGUUGGUAGAUGCAGUGAUCGUUGACCAUUCGCGAAGGACGAGUGUGGAGCCUCCACGGUCUGCGCCCAGCUCAGCACACGUCGUCAUCAAGGAAGAACCAGAAGACUCGCCUUGGAGACCUCUAGGGGCCGCAGGUGAUGCAAGGGGAGGCGAUGCGCCAGAGCUGGGGAGUCCGCUCCGACAAAAACUCGAUCGCAAAGAGGGAAUCCAAGAUGUAACGGCCGAACGACCAAAAUUGAACUCCUCGGCUGCCGAACGGGCAAUAGAGAAGCUGAUUGAGCAGACCAAAUCGGAGAAACGAAAGUCGCUCACCUCUGCCGGUGUACCAUUGUCAGCGGACGAUACCAAACCACAUGAAAGGAGCGAACCUAAAUCCAAAGAAACCACUGCUGAAUCGGACAACGACAUGGCCAUUUUCGACUUCAACGAAUCCUCUCCCGCGGCGGGUGCUUCUACAGCAACGAGCGUGAGACCGAAGAUCAGUCUCGCAAGCGCAGCUCGUGAACGUCGGAGACACUCUUCGAUUGCUGCAGUCUCGCCACCCGAUCCCGACGAUCGUAAAUCAGAGCCUAGUGCGAGAGUCGCUAGUUUGCCAUCGGUACACAAGCGGACCGGUAGCGGUUCUGUCAAGACUGGCGCGCCUGCAGCAGGCCUGGCAAAAAGCACAGCGGCGGUACGAUCGUCGAUGAAGGAACGGGAAAAGAGGGCGGGCGAAAAACUACCGAGUGGGAGUGAAGGCCUCAGGGAAAGCCGGGCGGAGAGGGUUGAGCGGGCUGAGAGGAUAGCCAGCAGGAGAAAGAGCAUGAUGGUGUAGGAUUCUUGACUGCAAACCUGCUUUUGCAUAGAUGCUGCCGUGCCUGCGUUGUUCGAAUCUUUUUGGAUGUCGUCUUCUCGUUUUCCCAUAGCGACGGCGUUGCAUGCGUUAUACCUCCUGCACGACAUGAAAUCAAUACCCCGUAGCCCCAGUUAUUAUUCACGUUUGCAUUUUAUUGGAUGGUCUUUAGCGAACCUCUAAGAGAGCUCAAAUGUGGAUGUCUAGGAGCCUUGCACAGCGUUACACCUGCUUACCGAUACAGCCUCUACAACUUCCUUGUGGCUACAGGCAUGCAGUGACGGGGGUACAUCAACCUCAGC